AUGGAGAGAAUGUACCUUGAGUGCUUCAGGAGAAAUCUCUCAGCUUCGGCCUUCUCCCCUCUCCACAUCCCUCCCCUCUCCCCUUGUCUCCCCCCUUCCAUUCUCCCCACCCUCUCCCAACCCUCCAACACCUUCAGGGUUGAGAAAAUAAACCUCAAGUGCUACGGGCCAAAGCCUGAUUGGUUCUUGGAGCUCGUGCCCAAUGGCAUGCUGCCAGCUGUCCAGCUAGACGGGCGAGUGAUCACAGAGUCCGUGACUAUAAUGAAGGAGAUUGAAGCCGCCUUCCCAAGCCACUCGCCGCUCCUCCCCCCUCCCUCCGACGGGCAUGCAGCAGCGGCAGCAGAGCAGCUGAUGGGUCUGGAGAGGGGGUUGACUGGGGCAUGGCUCAAGUGGACCAAGGGAAAGGAUGCCAUGCGCUGGCUUGCCAGUGGUAGCGGGGCCGGAAGCAGCAGCAGUGGGGGUAACAGCAGUGGGAGCAGCAGAAGCAGCAGUGGCAGUGGCGAGGGUGCAGGCGGUGAGGAGGAGAGGGAGGGGCGGAGGGAGUUUGAGGCGGCGAUGGAUGCCGUGGAAGCAGCUCUGGUGGAGAGCGGAGGGCCUUACUUCCUUGGGAAAGAGUUCUACCACACUAUGGCCAAGAAUUCUCUCUCAUGCUUGCCUCCCUACUUCUCAGGUGCUCCUGAUUCCACUACCCAUCCACUCCCACCCCGAACCCACAUGGACUUCUCCCACAUGGACUUCUCCCUCAUCGACUUGCUCUACAAGCCUCAGCUCAAGCAAUCUCCUGCUGAUGCGAACUGUUUCUGCUGCACUCUCACCACACCAUCUUUCUCACCUCUCUCCCCACUUCCCUUCCCAUGGGUUCCUACUGUCGAUCCACACCCGCCCCCACCUCCUGAGCAGUUCUCUCUCGUCGACGUCACCCACGCGCCUCUCCUCGAGCGAUUCGCUGCCAGUGCGCCGUACUGGAAAGGCCUCACAGUGCGGAACAACCCUCGCUGGCCGGCCCUCUCCCACUGGUAUGACGCCAUGGAUGCUCGACCCGCCUACCUCCCACUCAAGUCCGACGAUUUCUCCAUCACCCACUCCCUCGUGCCGCAAAUCGGGCCGGUGAUCGCGAGCGCCGAUCCAACGGCUGUGGCGCGCCGGGCUUAUAUCGAUGGACGGGAUGGGACGGGCGCGUGGGAUCUGCCGUUGAGGGAGGAGGAGACAGCGUGGGGGAGGGAGGAUGGGACAGGAGGGAAGGGGCGGAGGGCGCAGAGAGAGGUGGUGCGGGCGAUUGUGGGCAAUCAUGACAGGCUGGUGGCCUUUUGCCUGCGAUCUCUGGAGGAUUCUGCACUCGCUUCUGCCAUUACUGCUGCUGGGGCUGCGGGUGGUGCCGUUGGUGGUGCUGCUGCCCCUAUGAGCAGCCGGACUCACGCGGACCAAGCUGAACCACAGCAGCAGGCCAUCACAGCGGAAUGCCUUGCGCCAGCUGUCAGCGAGGCGUUGCGCCACGUGGCGCAUGCACUGCUGGUCGGCACAGAAGCCGCAAGCCCCUUCCCUGCCAUGUCCCAGGCACUCCUAAAGCUAAGUGGUGGGAGCAGAAGUGAGGAUGGGAGGGCAGCAGUGGAAGAACGGUUGGUGUUGGCUCUUGCAUAUCUGAGGGAUAGAGUUGGCGACAACACGCGCCUGCUUCGGAAGGCUCCAGAGGAGGAGGAGGAGGAGGAGGAGGAGGAGGAGGAGGAGGAGGAGGAGGAGGAGGAGGAGGAGGAGGAGGCGAUGCAGGCGGAGGGCGUGCGGGAGGUGGCCGUGGCAACUGGCCUGGAGGUGCUGUACCAGGAGACCCCCAACUACCGCGGAGCGGCGGCCGAGGCUGACCGCAUGAUCGAGCCAAGGGAGACGGCUAGGCAUGCCUGGCGAGUGCCAGACCUGGGCGUAGAGCCUGUUGCUAGUGCUGCAAAGGAGGCGGUUACUGAGGGGGGUUAG